AUGUCUGGCCUCUCAAUCAUCCGCCCACGGGCAACCUCAAGCCUACGCCUCGGACUCCGCCAUGCCCGACCCUCACUCACAACCCACCGCACCUUCCACAACCUGAACACCAAACGUCCCCGGGUGCCCCAAUUCCCCACGCUUCCCGCCAUCCCCAAACCCAGCACCAGAAGCUACGCAGCCCUAAACAACUCAAGUGGCAAAGCCGAAGCAGACCUCCUAGUCGAGGAACUCCAAGAACUGUACGAAGUCGCCAAAGACGAGUUCGAAAUCGCGACCGAAAGCACAGACACAUCCACCAUCUACGCAGCCUCGGAUCGGGAAUCUGCUCGCGAUGCGUUGAACCAGCUUUCAGCUGUUUAUGGACUUUACACGGCUCGUGAAGGCGAAGUUCAGAAUGAGGUGGGAGAGGAGGAUGGGGAUGGGGCUAUUAUUGAGACGAAUUAUAAUCCUGCUGAGGUUCCGCAGGGGGUUAAGGAUGAGGUGCGAAGACGGGUUGGGCAGCGGAUUCGGGAGUUGAGGUCUGCUGUUGAGGCUUUGGAGGAGAGGGCUAUGGCUGAUUGA